UUGGCUCCAGCGAAGCUUUGGAAAGCGGGGUGAGCCUUGUGAAGCCCGGGCUCAUUCUCGCCAUGGGUGAGCAUCAUGAGCCCCUGCUUUCCUUGCACCGGGUGGAACCUUGUGCUAAAGCCAAAAGGCCAGUCCAGACUCCUCUCCAAGCCAUUGCAUCUUAUUUGGAUGUUGCUUUCACAGUGACGGAAAGAGGCAGUAGUGUCAGCCAAGAAAUCCGAGCAGGCUUAGUUACUUGGGUGACGAUGAGUUAUAUCGUUGUUGUGAAUCCCAUCAUUCUCAGUGCCAAAUUUGCAGAUGGGAGCUCUCCAAUCUCCUUCCAUGCAGCUUGCAGAGCCACAUGCUUGUCAGCAGCCUUCGCAUCCGGAUUUGUAGGACUUGCAGCAAACCUGCCUUUUGGACUGGCAGCUGGCAUGGGGCUGAACUCAUACUUGCGGUAUGGCAUCAUCGACAGACUUGGCCUUGGGCCUGAGGGGGCCUUGGCGGCUUGCUUUAUUCAGGCAGUUCUCUUUGCUCUUCUUGCAGCCAGUGGAGCUGUUGACCGCGUGCAAGGGGCUUUGCCUUCUGCUUUGAAGUCAUCAAUCACCGUAGCCAUUGGUGUGUUUCAGGCCUUUGUUGGGCUUCAGCUGAUGGGACUGGUUGUGAAGAGCGACACUACUUUGGUCGCACUUGGUGAUUUGUCACAGCCCAAUUUGUGGUUGGCCUUCACCGCAACAUUGCUUGUUGCUGGCCUUUUGAUCAGAAAGGUCACUGGGGCACUGCUCCUAGGAAUUUGUUUCACUGCAGCAGCCUCAUACCUUCUUGGUUUGCCCAAUCCGAACCAGGAUCCAUCCGGUAGUCUUUCAGCUGGCGCGGACCUUCCACGCGUCUUUGACUUGGACUUCACUCCGAUGUUGGAGAAGCCUCAGGAAUUUGGGACUGCGGUGUUGUGCCUCCUUUUCAUCGUUGUCUUUGACACAGCAGGCGUGCAGCAUGGCAUUGGUCAGCAGGCCGGGCUGCUGGACAGACAUGGCUUUCUCCCUGGAGCAAAGUAUGGAUACCUGGGAAGUGCUUUUGGCACUGGCUUGGGUGCCGUUAUGGGCACCAGUCCAGUCAUAAUCCACAAUGAGUCUGCAGCUGGUGUUCAAGAAGGUGGUCGAACUGGGCUCUGUGCUAUGACCACGGCAGUGCUCUUUCUCCUCUCGCCGGUCCUGGUGCCAGUGAUCGAACUCAUUCCACCAGAGGCAACUGCACCAUGCCUAGUGCUGGUUGGCAGCAUGAUGAUGGGUCCUGUCAAAGACAUAGACUUCGGCGACUUGCGAAUUGCGCUUCCGGCUUUCCUCACGAUUUGUAUUACGCCCUUGGCGUACUCGAUAUCAUUCGGCAUUUUCGUAGGGAUCGCAUCGUACUAUGUGCUGGGUGGUGUUCUUUGGCUGGCGGAGGUGUCCUCACCAGGAGGCAAGCCAGUGCAGCCGAGGUUUUUGGCUGCAGAUGAUGAUGAACUAAUUCCAGAGGCACCAUGAGUUGUGGAUCUUUUUCUUGUGGAGUGUCCAAACACCCUGCGGAGGGUGAGGAUGGCACACAACAUGUGCACCAUCCUGCAUUUCUGAGGUCUCAAACAUGUCUGUCCCAAACGCAAGUAUAAUGAAACAGCUUGAAUCCAAC